AUGGAUAAUUUCAUGCAGAUGACCAAAGAGCUCGGGCAUAAGCCCGAGCUGCUGCGUUUGAUUGCGUUGGAUGCGACUUAUGAUGAUGCCUUGGAGGGAAAACUUGUGGUGGCUCCUAUUGAUAUGAACGAGCCUGGAAAGAAGAUUCUGGACUCUGGAACCGCUGACGGAACUUGGCUUCGCGGAGUACGCAGCAAGCAAUCAGCGCAGCACGAGUACUUUGGUAGCGACGUCGAAGGCGAGCUAUUCCCCGAGAAUACAGACGGCAUCACCUACUUCGCACAUUCGUUCAAGGAGCCAUGGCCCCAGCAGUACCUGGGCACUUUCGACCUUGUCCACAUCCGAGGCAGCAUGGCGGGCUCCGCCCCCGAGGGACCGGCCCCUGUGAUCAAGAACCUCACGACGCUAUUGAAGUCUGGUGGUUGGAUUCAGCUCAUGGAAAUGAAUGGCUUCAGCGCACCGAAGAACGGUCCUGCAAUGACGGACUUUGCCACCAUGGCGUCUGAGAUGUUCACCGGUAUUGGUGUCGGUGACUUCGCCAACAACAACAAAUCCCUAAUGGAGGAGGCCGGCUUGGUGAAUGUGCAGGAGAAGCGCGUCAUUGUCAACCUUGGCAAGAAAGCGAAGCCAGAGUUCCAAGAGAUCAGCAUUCAUGGUGUCACUGGACCGAUCGUGCCGUUGACCAGUGUGGCCAGGACUGUGCCAUCUUCCUUCACCAGUGAGCAGUUCGAUACGCUUCCGGCGCGUGUUAAGGAAGAGCUGCAGACUCAAGGAGGCCAAGUUGAGAUGGUCAUUGCCUUUGGCCAGAAGGCUUGA